UUGAGGGAAAGGUCAUUUAUAAUAAGCAAAUUCAAACGGAUGAAAUGUCUAUCAAUACGAGCAAGUUAGCAGAACUCGUUGACUUUGGCGAUAAUUCAGAUGAUGUGGGCUUAAACACAGAUAGCUCUUGCAACAGAGAAGUCGAAGUCGUUUUUUGGGUCUUGUACUCUGCAGUGGGAACAAUAAUUUUGGUUGGGAACAGUUUUACAUGCAUCGUUCUGCUGGCAUCGAAACGGUUGCGAAACAUCUUCAUGAAUAUUUUCCUCGUAAGCUUAUCAUUCUGGGAUGUGCUGAUGGCGAUUUUUGUUGUUCCAUUUUAUGCUAUACAUUGCAGCCAUGGCUGCGAAUAUUCCUUAACCAAAUAUUGUUGGAUUUUUAGGAAAGCAAAAGACUGUGUUCUUCUCGCAACAACUUUCAAUAUAUGUGCUAUCACAUACGAUCGCUAUCUAGCUGUGGUUCGACCACUUCAUUAUGGCGCGAAAAUGACAAAGCGACGUGUCACCGUCAUUUUGGCGGGAGUUUGGACGGCGCCCGUCGUCGUGGCAGGAUUAAGAAGCACUUGGCACCAUACCAAGACAAACGAGGAAUUGCGCUUCGCUAACAAACUUUACGACACUAUAUUGGUGAUUGUGUUCGUCAUCUUUUCUAUUCUUGUAUUAAUGGUAGCUAACGUGAAAAUCAUGAAGGCUAUUAAAACGCAAAACGAACGAGAACGUACCGAACAAGGGAGAAGGGCAGCCUGGAUAGCGACUAAUAAAACAAUAACGCGGAGGAAAGGAACAAGAGCUUGUAUAUUAGUGGUGUUUGUGUUCAUAUUAUGUUGGCUUCCGAGGAUUGUGUACAAUCUUAGUUAUGUCAUUAAGCCGCCGGGAUUAGCAAGCCCUUUGUUUCUUAGGCUUGCUUUCCUCUCUCUAUAUCUGCAGUCUUCUACCAAUCCAUUUAUUUACUCAUUUUAUAGAUCCGAGUUCAGAAGGGCCGCUUUGAAGCUUUUAAGCUGGCGGAAUUCUGCUAAUCUUAGUAAAGUUCAUCCUUUUGUUGAUUUAGCAAAACAAGUCCGAUUGCAAACUAUACAGGAUUUAGCCGUAUCAUCGGAUUAAUAGGGACCUUAAGCAGUCGGGACGGCAACACCAAGGAAGAUGUCGAUUAAAAAAUGAAUUUCUACUUUAAUAAGAAUUUCGAAGAUGGCUGCAUGUGUUUAACGUCUCUAACAGCGCCACACCUUAACUUCAGCAUAACGUAUAUUAUAUAAUUGUACAUUUUGCUGUCGCGGUUUCCGCUCUCAGACGACGCAAAUUUUGGCGAUUUUACGUCGUUGUUUUGCAAAGGACGGCUAAGAAAUGU